AUGGCGAACUCGCAGCACUCCACCAACGAGGAGCGCCGCGGGUUCCAAUUUCUUGAGCUCGCGCCGGAACUCCGAAAUGCAAUUUACGAGUUGUCGCUGGUACAAUAUCUCCGAAACAAACCACGACAAAGAGCAUCCUCGGCACUCUUACGCACUUGCAAGCAAGUCUACAAGGAAGCGCGCAGCAUCCUUUACCAGCAGAGCACUCUCGAAAUGGUGCUCAUAUUUGCUGCCACUGGCAUCAAGUACUGUAAGUGGAGAGUGCGCUGCAAAGGUUUCGACUCGAAGCCCAGGUGCCAGACGCCAACACCAACACCAACACUGCUAGAGCUGCGCAAUCUCAUCCCGCACCACUUCCUAGAGAUCGGCACAUGGGACGUCCACAUUGCGUUGCCCAGCUACACUCAGCAAAGCAGCUACGAGUCAAUUCUGCCGCUGAACCACCUCCUUCACGCGCUUGCUUGCCAAUACUACAAAGGCAAAGUCUUCAUCACACUGCAAUCACUGUCGCCAUUGGCUGAAGACGUCAUUAGCUGCAGCGACUUUUUCUAUCCAAUCGCCAAAUUCCAUCCAAAUGUGCAACUCCAGCUAUUCGGCUUCGAAACAGCCGUGCAGGACUACAUUGAAAUACUUCGAAAUGAUGUCUCGGCCGCCGACGUCCUUCAAUUUGAUGCUGUGACAGAGUGGCGCGCGAAGUCCCAAGCUAUCUUGCAGUAUGUCUUUGAGAGGUCUAAAACCGGGGUCGGUCAGGGCGAGGAUCUCUCGAGAGCAAAGAUGAUGAGAGACACGCGUCGAGAUCUUGCGUGUUACGUCGAUGGCCGAGAAGUCUGUUGCACUUUCCAGGGCGAGAGGUCUUUGAAGAUGGCUUGGGACCUCGCGUUGAAGUUGGUGGAGAAGGACAUGGGUAAGGAAGUGGGAGCACAGAGCGUUCUGAACGAUACUGGGAACAGGGCGAGCCGGCCAUAG